CUGUCAAUCAAAGUGUCUGCCCGGGAACCAGGAACACCUGUUGCUUCAUCUAUCUGUCACCCCAUUUUACUUCAGAACGUUAAUAUUUUAUCACUUUCGAGCCUUUUGGAGGCGUUUGAAGUCAGUUAUGUGUUAGAAAAACGACUGGAGAUGCAACAAAGGUACACUCACCGGUCUGAAGUCAUGAGGUUUGGGGUUCUUGUACGUCCCAGAAGGAUACUUCCCAGUCCUCACAAACAUCAGCUCCGACUGCAGAGCAUCAGGAGGCCGAUACGAUGUGAAGAACUGUGGAAGCUCUGUCCUCUGGUACCUCUCAGGUAAAGCUGUUGUGCUCCCUCCAGAGUGCGCACCAGGAGGCCACUCCAUCCUCCAGAACCCCUACCGCAGCACCACCUUCAGCUCCAGCUGGCUGCAGCAGUCGGCCCUGCAGGACUUCAUCUGCGACCACUCCCUCUCCCCGGGAUGGUACCAGUUUCAGAUUUUUGACAAGCCAGCAAGCAUGCCCACCCAGUGUGUGGAGGUGAACCACUGUGGGACCCAGGCUCCUGUGUGGCUGUCUCUGGGUGACGGUGAGUCCCUGCCGGGCCCUCUUGAGGUCAGGCAGCUGACAGCCUGCGCUGCCUGGCAGCUCUUUCCAAGCAACAGCAGAGACUGCUGCAUGUUCCGCAUCCCGGUCACCGCCCGCAACUGUGGAGACUUCUAUGUUUACCUGCUUCAGCCAACGCAGGGAUGCAUGGGGUACUGCGCACAGGAGAUGCCAGACACGGCAGCCACACCGUCGCUGACCUGUGGCCCCGAUGAGGUGGAUGUGGAUGGAACAUGUAAAACAAAGCAGCCUCCCGCUCCCUCUCCACCAGUGAUCGUUUCGGAGGUGACUGGAAACACGGUCUACCUCAAGUGCAGCUUCGAGAGCAGCUCCAACAGCUCUCUGGGAUACGUGGUGGCCUGGUCGCGUCUCUCACCUGAGGGCAGGAGGGAGGAACUCAAGCAGGAGACCACAAUCCAGACCUCCGACUUCAUCGAGCUGGACGGCUUCAACCUCCGUCUGGGUGACAAGAUCUACUGCUCCUGCUCCAGUUUCUUCCUAGACUCUCCUGAUGUCCACAGUGCUUCAGUGGAAAGUCAGGAGUUCUUUGCUGGAAUAAGGCUACGACCGGAGGUGAACAGUGUGUCUGAGGAUGGGAGGCUGUAUGUGCUGGUGGUUGAGAGCACAGUUCCUAUCCCAUGUCUGGAGGGUUCAUCCUUCUCUACAGAGCAGUGCACCCUGUCUCUGAAGCUCAGCACCAGCAGUCAAGAUGAGUCCUUCUUGGGUGCAGAUCUGUCUCUGUCCUCCUGUACGGUGGAUCUGACCGAGGGGCCCUGUAGGGAUGGGAUCUGCAGCCAGUCUUUGAUCCACUUCAGCCCCAUCACUGACUUUGUCAAAGACGGCAACAAGACAACUCAGAUAUCUGCGAAAUCCAUCAUCACAGAGAACUUUCUCUGGAAUGGGUACUCGCCAGAACCAGUGGAGAUCACAGUGAAGGACGUCCCUUCAGCUUACUGCUACGCCUUCUCUGAUCCACACAUCAUCACUUUUGAUGGCAGGCACUACGAGAACUACCAGAUAGGCACGUUUGUUCUCUAUAAGAGCAGCCUGUGGUCGUUUGAAGUCCACGUUCGUCAGUGGGAGUGCGGCAGCGUUGUGCACGCCGCCUCCUGUGUGUGCGGCUUUGUGGUGAGGGACGGCGGGGAUGUCGUUGCUUUCGACAUGUGCAAUGGAGAAAUGGGAGAAACCAAACCUCACCUCUCUGUGAAGAACAGAGACCUGAGCAAGAGCGGCAUCCGCAUCACAGAGUCCUACCAGGGACGCAAGGUCACGAUGACCUUCUCAUCAGGAGCUUUCGUUCGAGCCGACGUGUCUAACUGGGGAAUGAGUCUGACACUGAGAGCUCCUGGUUCAGACUGGAGUCACACUGAGGGCCUGUGUGGGACUUAUGAUGGACGGUCAGACAACGACUUCCAAUCAGCCGGGGGCGCCAUGUUGGAGGAUCUCUAUGCUUUUAUCUCUGCAUGGAGACUCCCUCCAGGCAGCAGCCUGUUUGACACCGUGCCAUCCCAUCUGAGUCCCCUGAGCCCCCACAGGUUCUGUAACUGUCAGGUGGAGCCCCGCCCCGCAUCCCCCAGAGCCCGAUCUCAACAAGCCACCUCCUCUGGCUCCACCUGCUCUCAUCACGGCAACGUGCAUCUCUCCGGUGUCAUCCCCACUCUGGAUGUCACCGCUGAAUACAUCAGCUCAGUGGAAUUACUCACAGGUGAUGGGAGUGACAGACAGCCGCUGCCUCCGGGCCAAAGCAGCCAAAACACCCAGAGUAGAGGUCGGGAUGCUCGGUCCAGGGACAGAGCUUCAACAUCAGCUCACCAGCAGCGACGUAGAGGCAGAAGGCAGACUCACCGCUUUGUCUCCAACUCUCCACACCAGAGUCUCAGCCAGUCGGAUUUAGAGGGCUUCACCUACUUUUUCCCAGAGGACCAUGAAGCUGCAGUCAAACCAGACUCCUCGCUCACCUGGCCCACACCUUCUGGCCUGAGCGAGCAGCAGGCCAGGUCUCACUGCCAGCAGGCCGUGGCAAACUCCAGCAUAGCGACAGGAUGCAGGCGUCUGCUUCCAGAGUCAAUGAUAAGCAGCACUGUGGGUAUGUGUGUCGCCGACCUGCAGCUGAAGGACGAGCUGUCGUGGCUGAAUGCAACGUUACCUCUGCUGGAGAACGAGUGUGAGAGGAGACUGAUGGAGGAGAGGAGGAAAGAAGAAGAGUUCCAGGAUGUUCUCUCCAUCCUCAAGUGUCCAAACCUGUGCAACUGGAACGGCCAGUGCUCCGAGUGGGGAUGUGUGUGCUUCCCUGGAUUUGGCUCGUAUGACUGCAGUGUGCUGGCUGACCAGAUCCCAGAGAUCACUGAGCUGGAGAAGGAGGGUCUGUGUGACGUCCGGCAGGGAGACUGCUCCGCCAUCCAGGUCUACGGCCAAGGGUUCAAGGACUCCUACGAGCUCAAGUGUGAGUUUGUGAAAGAAAAGUUUGCAGAUGGAGACUGGGUUCUGGACGAGCCCCAGUUCAUCCGGGCCGUCUUUUUGGACGUGACAGCUCUAGAGUGCCAGCUCCCCCUGCAGGACAGCCGGGCUCCUGCAGACCUGGACCUGGAAGGUGCAAAGAACAGACCCCUGGCUCGCUGGCAGAUCAAAGUUUCCAACGAUGGCUACAGCUACAGUAACGCCAAGAUCCUGACUCUGUAUGACGGAGCCUGCCAGAUCUGCAGCCUCAACACUGAAGUCCUCUGUACCCUCAGAGAGAAAACCUGCAACAUUGACGGUCUGUGUUUCAACGAGGGGGAGUCCAAUCCCAGCAGCCCCUGCCUCACAUGUCGCCCUGACUCGUCCAAACACACGUGGUCCAUCGCAGAGAAGAACGAGCCUCCAGCGCUCCUGUCUUCAUCGUUUAGUCUCCAGUCCUUCCAGGGUGAGAGUUUCAUCUACCAGCUACAGGCUGAGGACCCCGAGGGCUCAGCAGUGCUCUUCACUCUGGAGUCAGGCCCCGAAGGAGCAUCUCUGUCUCCGGCCGGUCUGCUGAUGUGGAAGGCCACAUCUGAGGCUUCAGACACACACACUUUCAGGUUCACCGUGACAGACGACUGUAACGCUGAGACCAGAUCCUCCUUACAGGUAUCUGUGCGCUCCUGUGAGUGUCUGAAUGGAGCUUCCUGUGUCACCAACGUCAACUUCCCAGCCGGCAGCGGGGAGUACCGCUGCGUGUGUCAGGACGGGUUCAGAGGUGAAAGGUGUGAAGUGGACAUCGAUGACUGUAAACCAAACCCCUGCAGACUGGGCCGCUGUAUAGACGGACCCAACUCCUUUUCCUGUAUCUGCCCGCUUGGAAUGACGGGCCGCACGUGUAGAGAAGACAUAGAUGAGUGCGUCUCUCAGCCUUGUUCUCCUGGAGUGAACUGUAACAACACGCUGGGCUCCUUCAUCUGUGGACUCUGCCCUCAAGGAUACAGCGGCGAUGGGAGAACCUGCACACUCGUAGCAGCGACCACACCAGUAAGAGUUCCUCAGGUUCCUCACAGAUCCAAACCCUCGGGCCCGUCACCGUGCUCCAGGCGGCUGUGUCACCCGGGGGUUCAGUGUUUUGAGAGCACCCAUGUCUCAGCGGGGUUCGUCUGUGGACCCUGUCCUCCUGGUCUCAUUGGAAAUGGACGGACAUGCACGGCAGCAGGUCAGGUCACCAGUGGAGCAGAUGGUCAAAAUCAUUUCCUCAAACCAAACUCCAGCAGAGAAACAUCUCCCACUUCCUCCUCCUCAUCAUCUCCCACCUCACCCAGAAGACCCUCGGACAGGAGGACCAGACCUGAAAGCACCGUCUCCAGUAUCAGGAGGACGUCCUCCAGCGACAGAAAGACCACGGCUCUGCCACAGAGUCAAACUGAGGUGGAGCUGAACCACGACCUCCUCACCACAGGGGUCAGAUGGGGGUCACCGUCUCACAUUGUGACCUGUGCUGACUCGCCCUGCUUCCCUGGUGUUCCCUGUGAGCCCACUGUGACAGGAUCCUUCAAGUGUGGACGCUGCCCGUACGGAUACACCGGAGAUGGAGUCGUAUGUAAAGCUGUGUGCAGGUAUCAGUGUGGGAGGAACAUGGAGUGCUCUCUGCCCAACACCUGCACCUGUAAGGAAGGCUACACCGGCUACAACUGUCAUAUCGCUGUGUGUCGACCCGACUGUAAGAAUCAGGGAAAGUGUGUGAGACCCAACGUGUGUGAGUGUCCUGUGGGCUACGGUGGGCCUACCUGUGAGGAAGCUAGCUGUGAGCCGUCCUGUCAACAUGGAGGAACCUGUCUGGCCAGAAACCUGUGUACCUGUCCGUAUGGAUACGUGGGACCCAGAUGUGAAAUCAUGGUGUGUAACAGGCACUGUGAAAAUGGAGGUGAAUGUGUGUCUCCUGAUGUCUGCAAAUGCAAACCUGGCUGGUACGGACCAACAUGCAACUCAGCUCUCUGUAACCCGUUUUGUCUGAAUGGAGGGACCUGUAUUAGACCAAACAUCUGUUCCUGUCCUGGUGGCUUCUACGGCUCUCAGUGUCAAAUUGCUGUUUGCACUCCUCCCUGUAAGAACGGAGGUCAGUGCAUGAGGAACAACGUGUGCUCCUGCCCUGAAGGCUACACAGGAAAACGCUGUCAGAAGAGUGUGUGUGAGCCAAUGUGCAUGAACAAAGGCAAGUGUGUGGGACCCAACACAUGCUCCUGUGCAUCAGGGUGGAGAGGGAGGAGGUGCAACAUACCUGUCUGUCUGCAAAAGUGUAAAAAUGGCGGUGAGUGUUUGGGACCAAACACCUGUCACUGUCCCACCGGCUGGGAAGGUCUCCAGUGUCAAACACCGGUCUGUAAACAGAAGUGUAUGAAUGGAGGGAGGUGUGUCCUCCCUGACUACUGCUACUGUCGGAAAGGCUUCAAGGGACUCACCUGCACAAUAAAGGCAUCACAGGUAUGAUGGACAAGAGACGAUAAACGGGAUGAAAGAAGUUACAAAAUGCACAAGGCAAGAAGAGAGCUCCAGAAAUGUAUUUGAAUGUGUGUGAAUGUGUGUGUGUGAGUGUGUGAGUGUGUAUUGGCUCGUAUGAGUGGCUCUGUGCACAUUUGAAGGCCAGCAGAGGGACAUGAUGUAUUGCACUUGUCUGUUCAUCCCUUUAAAUCACUACCUCAAGGCUGAAAGAGACACACAUCUGUGCAACACAUCUCCUGUGCGUUCAGAGACUUUCUACAGAGAGGUGUGUCGCUGCACGGUGUUCUGCAAAAACAAGUCAACGUCAGAUGAAUCGGUGUCGCUGAUGAAUCACUUGUAAGCUUUUAUAAUUAUAUCCUGGUUUAUCCUCCACCACACUGAUGUGCACUGUUUGUUUCUUAGUUAUGAGUAUGAUUAACUAGCGAUGACUUAUUUAGACGGUACACAUCAUAAACUUGUUAAAAACUGAUGACAUUGAUUUAAGUUUGUGGGGAUUCAUGAUAGGUCACAUUUGUUUGUAUUUUUUAUCUGCUUUCAUUAAUAUAUUGUUUGAUUUGGCCCCUUUAAGUUAUGAAAUGUUAUCCAUUUACACUGAUACUAAAAGUAUGUAUUAAAGCCAACACUAGAUUACACUAUGGUACAAAUAACCUGUGACAAAAUAAAGAAAAAUGUACUAUUUUAAUGUUUUUGUUUU